AUGUCAUUUGAGAAUGAAAUCGAUGAGGCCAUACAUAGUGGUACGCAUCCGGAGUUCGUCGUGCAACCACACCAAACAUACGUUCUAGACACGAGGGACAGAAACAAGCAAACGGCCAUGAUGCUGGCGCUCAAACCAAAUAUGCAAAAGGACGGAAAGGCGGUGACUGUGGUUUCUUACAUGGACAUCUCUGACGCUUACAAGAAAGAUCCCGUCAAAGUGCGUGUCAAGAACAGGGUGAUGCGCAUGAAUACAUUCGAAGUGUAUUAUGCGAGUAUGACAUUGAAGAGCUGGAAAGACAUGAUAGCCCAUUCGGUCAACGCGGUGGAUCCCGGCCUACUACAAAAUGCUAGUGCUGCAAAGGUACAUGGAGCUAGUUCUGCAGGGUCAUCAUCCGGCGGACUAUCGGGUGCAGACCUCAACCCCACUGGACUCGUGAGUAGCUGCUCAGGAUCAUCUUAUCCGGAUUUGUCCCAACACAUCAGUAACGCUGCUAGUGCUGACUUAGACCCAUCUGACGUGGCUCAAAAUGCGACAGACAUUCUGAGUGCCGACCCCACUGGACUCGGUGGUAGCAGUUUGGGAGCUUCCUAUCCAGAUUGGUUCCAACACUUCGGUAACGCUACUAGCUUAGACCUGUCUGGCAUGGCCCAGAGUGCGACAGACAGUCUGAAUCACCUCGAUCCAAAUACUUUAAGGGACGGAACGGUGGCAGGUUACGGCGACGAUACAUUUAGUGACAUGGUCGAUGCUUUGAGCAGUGUAUUCAAUUGGGGCGCCGGUGAGUCACGUAGGUAG